AUUUCAAAAAAUGAAAUUAAGAUUUUGGUACAAAAGUCCAACUGCUAUUGUGACAUUCGGAUAUUAGCGUAUAUUGCUGCAAACAGACGUUAGACGGGGAAAUAUGUCUGGCCACCACCGAGGCACCACACACCAUCGCAAGCACACAGACGAGAGGCGUCUUCUGGCGUCGCGCGUCCCUCCAAAAGCCAGGAAAUACUUGUCCGAACUGGCCGUCGAUCGGGAGCUUGAGCGUUUCAUGGCCUUAUCAUCGACCAAUAGCAGCGGGACCAGUCGCAGCAAUGUGAGCAUGCAUUCGGGUCAAUUGUACUGCACUCCCCGAUCAGCGGCAGCGCCAUCAAAGCCUGCCCGCUGCAGUGGCAGGAAUGGAGGAAAAAAGACAUCUGCAGCAGCAGCAGGACAGCAGCCAAGCACAGCUGCCACUUCCACUGACGCUACAGUUGCGUCUGUCCCAAAGGAAACACAAAGCGAGGGAGAGAUCAUCAAAGUUAUACCAAUUGUAGCCACUGACUGCAUUGUGGGCUGCGAAAGGAUCCGCACCAGUCAAUCCGUGUCCGUGGAGGAUCUGCGAACACCCACCAAGGCAGCGGCCACCCAGGCGCCAGACAGAACGCCCCAGAAAAAGACGAAAAAUACCCAAACGCCCGAGUCGGCCGUGAAGUCCCACAAACGCCUCGAAUGGGAUCCAGCCGCCGAUGUGGGCUACUACAAGCGGGCGGUGUCCACCAGCAACCUAAGCACCCUGGAGCGUUCCAUCCUGGAGGAGUGCUGGCGCCAGCCGCAGCAGCGUUCGGAGACCGAUUUGGAUCGCCUGCAGCUGGAGCAGGGAACGACACCCCUACCGCUGGCACAGCGCCCGCCGCUUGCCUCCAGUACGUUUGUGAAUCGCAGCGAACGCAAGACCACGCCCAGUCUAGGGAGCAUACGCAGCAGCAGCAAUCAAAGCAAUCGCAGCAGCUCCAGGCGGGAAUCCAAGUCGCAGUCCCGAUGCACAUCGCCAAAUGGCGGCAGUUCGGUGGCCAGCAGCUUCGAUUAUCAGUCAUCGUUGCCUUUGGGGCAGGGUCGUUCCCAGAAGCAGCUGGCCAAGGAGGAGGAGCGUCAGUAUACGGCCGCCCAGCUGGAGAAGGUCAUGGCAGAUGCCGCCAGUCGACGGCAGGCGAAGGAAAACAAGGAGAACUGUCAGCCAGCUACCCAGAGAGCCAGCGACUCCUCUUCUUCGUCAAUUACUGCUGCUGGAACAGAAGCUGAAUCUGAAGCCGGACCUGGCAGUGGGCCCAAGGGAGAGCUGGACUUGGGCGUGGAUCUCCUCUGUUCGCUGGUGCAGGCCCGCAGUCUCAGUCACAUCCAGAAGAAGCAUUUGAUAAGAGAUAUUGCGAAACGCAUAUCCUGCAUAGAAUUGGGCGAGACCCUGCGCUUCCGCCAGAGUCCAAAAAAGGGAAAAGCUGCUGCCCAAUGUCAGGACAUGGCCACCAACACUACCGCCAGUAAGCCCCGUCCUGUUCCGGCACCAAGGACACUCGUUUUGGUAGCCAACGCAUCGGGCUCCUCUGCAACCAGCAGCUCCAAGGAGAUGGUCACCGCACGGAGCAAUCCACGGACCAGCAAAUCAAGCAUUCAACCCACGGAACAAGAGCAGCAGAGUCCCUCUUCGGAGGCCAGCAUCUCCAAUGAAGUGGAAGCCACAUCUUCUCACAGCAAUGAUGCUGCUCCCGCACCAGAACUCGCUGCCGCACCAGAACUCGCUGCCGCACCAGAACUCGCCGCCGCACCAGAACUCGCUCCCGCACUAGAUCUCGCUGCCGCACCAGAACCCGCUCCUGCGGAAAUGGAGCUUGUAAGCCAGGAGUGGCUUAAUCCGAUGACGCAAAGCGAGAUCGAGUACGAGGAGCGUUCGCGUUCGUCCAGCAACAAUACGGAAGGGUGUCCUACGAUCAGUUGGAUUGAGUUGGAGAUCAAGCGCCUGCAGACGGCGCAUAAGAUUAUGACUAGCCUGGUAGGCCCAGUCGAUCACAAAAGUCCAACGAAUCCCACGGCUGCCAUCGAGUACAACCCCCUGAUCGGUGCGGAGCCGCUGAUUGAGGUGCUGCCGGAUGCCUCGAUUCCGGUUGCGAAAGCGCCACAACGUCGAACAGUGGCUGUUCGAGCACGCAUGCUUAGAGGUGCGCAAGAGGAGCGGCCACGCUUGAUUGGGAAUCUACAUCCUCAGAGAGGACAAAAGGAGCCUAUACAAUGCGAAGAGCAGCCCCCAGCUGAGGGUAGAUCUCUAACAAAGACACACUCUGAAUGCCCGCAUGAUGUGGAGCCACCAGCACCACCGCCAGCAACACCGGAAUUACAGGUAACCCCACCGAUACCACCACCACCGCCGCCAGCACUCCCCAGGAGCAUUCCACAGCGAGGGAAAAUGGCCACACCCAAUAGCUCCAGCGAUGGCGGCCGCAGCGAAAGUGUGUGCUCCUUUGUGCAGCAGCGACAGCGGCAGUUUAUGGAGCACUAUCAGAACCAACAGCAGCGGCCACAGAUGCAUCUUCUACAUUGUCCCCAGCACCAGGAGCAUCAUCAUCCACAGCAUCAUCAUCCACAGCAUCAUCAUCCACAGCAUCAGGAGCAUCGGCACUACCAUCCAGCGGUCCAUGGACAUGGGCCGUGUGUGCACCAGCAGCAGCAUACGGCACCGCAGCAUUACAUUCAAAUGCAACAUUCGCUGGCAGCAGCAGAAGCAGGCGCAGGAGGAGACGCUGGUGUCUACUACACGGCAGUGCCCCAAGGGUACAGCCUUUUGCACAACAAUGCCAUUGCCGAAUAUGUGCAGGUGGCACCAGCAGCAGCAGCAGGAGGAGGAGGUGGUACCACUACCACAGCGACAACCACCAGCAGUUCGAUCUCUUCAAUGCUGUGCCUCAGCUCGGAGAUGUCCAUACCGAUGGGUGAAGGAGUCGUAAACACCUCCAAAACGACCACGACAACCACCACGCAUCAGUAUGACGAUGCUAUGGCAGAUAGUACCGGCCAGAGGCACCGCAGGGACCAGAACCAGAACCAAAACCAGAAGCAAAGGCUGAUGCAGACACAGCGCAGGGGGACGCAUGGCAUUGCGUAUAUGAUUCAGUUCGGGGAUAGUGAAAUGCUGCAAACAAUGUCGCUGCAGGAUCACCUACAGCUCGCCCGUCCCAAGUUCUGUGCCAAGUCGAAGCAGCGCAAGGCCAUACUCAAUGAAAUGCAGAUGCUACGCAGCGAGAGGCGGCGCGAACUGGAGGAGCUGCUCGGGGAGGAUGUCAGCUUGGAGACACUGGACAGGCGGCUGCAACGACUGCCACCGCCAGUCACAUCUUGUGUCAGAGUUUUCACCACGAAGGAGAUGAAGGCCAUGACCAGCAAACGAUGCCAGCGACUGCCCGAAGUGGUGGCCGCACAGAAUCGUGAGCGCGAAGAGCGACGCCGUCGCGGCAAUCGCCUCAUGCGGGAUGUCUUCAAUCGGCGCAUGCAAAGCCGCGUGUCCAAGGGAAAGAUUUCCCUCAACCACAGCCUGACAAUUAUUUAGGAGUCGCUCCUCAAAAUAGAGACAACACAUUGCCAGUUGAAGGCUUGAUUUAAGUUUUUUAAUUC